AUGGCGACGACAACGUUUCCCUUCUUCCCGUUCUUCCCGGCGGAACUGCGCUACGAGAUUUGGGACCACGCCCUCCAGGAAUUCGAGCCCACCCGCCCGGUUCUCCAUUUCUUCCGCCGGAGGGGCUGUUGGGUCCCGCAGCCAUUGACAGAAUCUGACCCGGGCUACAUCGCCGGACGCAAGCAGCUGGGCAUGUAUUUCCGGACCGAUCUGUUAGAGCCCGACAACCAGCUCGUCGUGCCGCUUGUCUACGUCAACCGCGAGGCUCGCCGAGUCGCUCUGGCCUGGUUCCGUAAGCAGGGCAUCGAGAUCCGGCCGCAACCAGAUGGGAGGGCCCUGCUUGUGCGCCCGUUCAGACCUGAACUUGAUGCGCUAUACGCCAGCUGGCAGAAAUUCUUUGAAUUCUACUAUGAGCCGGUGGAUCGACUAUGCGAACCGGAUCUUCGCGGCCAAUCUGUCCACCUACAUUCGGCCGUUGGGAGAAUUGCCGUGCCCGAGGCUGUCUUUUUUGGGGAUUUACCUCUCACCUUGGUGCCAAACCCGCUGUGGCUCGAGCAUUUCACGGUGCUUUUCGUCGUGAUCAAUCCGCAGCCGGAGUUUGAUGAUUUUCCGGGGCCAUGGCGAUGA